UCUCCUUCCCAUGCGGAUGCACCAUAGAGUACUGCGAGGAAGUGGCUUUAACUUUCUCCCAGUGCUAAGCAACCGCAGGGAAUUGGCAGCCGCCACAUCAGCUGAGACACGGGACACGCCGCCGCACUGAAGGUGCUGUCCCCACUCUCAUCAGCUGGGACACAGGACCCGCCACAGCCACCUCACUGAAGCCGCUGCUGCACAGGAUCGGGACAUCCCUAUGGUACCUCUGGCAGAUGACACUGCCCUCCUGAUUGUGAUGAAAAUAAAGAGAAGCAUCUUCCUUUUCUUGCCGGGAUUUCUCUCUUCACUGGCUUGAUAAAUGAUGGCAGAAAAGAUAUGAAGGCUCUUUUGUUAUAUUGCAUGGAGAACUGUGACAAUAUAGUCAGCCUAUACACCGCUGUAUACCCAUCAACCGGACAAUUGGAAAACCUUAACAGUAGCUGCAAGAAGCGAAUUCCAGACACCAAUGAAAGGUGUUGUGUCUGGAUGUUCCUUAGACAGAAUUAGAUUUGCAGAUUUGAUACGACCAAAGGGAGCAAACGUAUUAUACUGAAGAUCACAAAAUAACAUUUGCUUACAAAUAUGGCAUCUGUGAGGUGGAGCUGGAUUUGCACCAUUUUCCACUUUAUGUUAUUAGCCACUGUGUCAGCUAUUUCCCAAAAGACUUCACAGACAAAAAGAAACUUCACAACUUUCUAUGCUGAACAAGCUGACUGGACUUUCAAUCACUUGGUUGUGGAUGAAAGAACUGGACACAUUUACCUAGGAGCUAUUAACAGAAUCUAUAAACUUUCUGAAGAUUUGAAGGUCUUACUGACCCACCAGACUGGACCAGAUGAAGACAACCCAAAGUGUUAUCCUCCUAGGAUAGUCCAGCCUUGCAAUGAGCCGUUGGUAUUUACUAACAAUGUCAACAAAAUGCUGCUAAUUGACUAUAAAGAAAAUAGGUUAAUAGCCUGUGGCAGUCUUUAUCAGGGUAUCUGUAAGCUUCUCAGAUUGGAAGACCUCUUUAAACUUGGCGAGCCUUUUCAUAAAAAAGAACAUUACCUUUCAGGGGUUAAUGAGAGUGGCUCUGUUUUUGGAGUUAUUGUUUCGAACAACAACUUAGAUGAUAAAUUGUUUAUCGCCACAUCUGUCGAUGGGAAACCAGAGUAUUUUCCUACCAUCUCCAGUAGAAAACUUACCAGGAACUCAGAAGCUGAUGGGAUGUUUGCAUAUGUGUUCCAUGAUGAAUUUGUGGCGUCAAUGAUAAAAAUACCCUCAGAUACAUUUAAUGUGAUUCCAGACUUUGAUAUUUACUAUAUAUAUGGCUUUAGCAGUGCAAACUUUGUUUACUUCUUGACGCUUCAACCAGAGAUGACAUCUCCACCUGGUUCCACUACAAAAGAGCAGGUCUAUACAUCCAAGUUAGUACGCUUGUGCAAAGAGGACACAGCUUUUAAUUCAUAUGUUGAGGUUCCCAUUGGGUGUGAAAAGAAUGGAGUGGAGUACAGGCUUCUUCAGGCAGCUUAUUUGUCCAAAGCUGGAUCCAUUCUUGCAAGGUCUUUAGGAAUUAAACCUGGCGAUGAUGUUCUAUUUACCAUCUUUUCUAAGGGUCAGAAGAGGCGAACAAAAUCACUGGAUGAGUCUGCCUUGUGUGUGUUUGCUCUUAAACAGAUUAAUGAUAGAAUUAAAGAAAGACUACAAUCUUGCUAUAAGGGUGAAGGCACUUUAGAUCUUGCAUGGCUGAAAGUGAAGGACAUUCCUUGCAGUAAUGCGCUCAUAACAAUUGCUGAUGAUUUCUGUGGUCUUGACAUGAAUGCCCCACUGGGAGUAUCUGAGAUGGUUCGAGGGUACCCUGUCUUUACAGAGGAUCGAGACAGGAUGACUUCAGUUAUAGCCUAUGUGUAUAAAAAUCAUUCACUUGCAUUUGUGGGGACCAAAAGUGGCAAACUCAAAAAGAUUCGAGUUGAUGGUCCCAUCACUGGAGCGGUACAAUAUGAGACUAUACAGGUGGUGGACUCUGGCCCAAUCUUAAGAGAUAUGGCCUUUACAAAGAAUGAAGAACAGCUCUUUGUUAUGUCAAAAAAGCAGCUUACUAGAGUCCCUGUGGAGUCUUGUGGUCAGUACACCACAUGCAGCGAUUGCCUUGGCUCUGGAGAUCCCCACUGCGGCUGGUGUGUGCUUCAUAACACCUGUACAAGAAAAGAGAGAUGCGAGCGAUCUUAUGAGGCCAGAAGAUUUGCAUCAGAGAUGAAGCAGUGUGUCAGGCUCACUGUCCACCCAAACAAUAUAUCUGUCUCCCAGUACAAUGUCUUGCUGGUGUUGGAAGCUUAUAAUGUACCAGAGCUGUCUGCUGGCGUCAACUGUACAUUUGAAGAUCUCUCAGAGAUGGAUGGACUUGUAGUUGGAAACCAAAUCCGAUGUAUUUCCCCUGCAGAAAAGGAAGUUCCACGUAUCAUCACAGAAAAUGGUGACCAUCAUAUUGUUCAGCUCCAACUUAAGUCCAAAGAAACUGGGAUGACAUUUGCGAGUACAAACUUUGUUUUUUAUAACUGCAGUGUUCACAACUCGUGCCUCUCUUGUGUGCAAAGUCCAUAUCAGUGCCAUUGGUGUAAAUAUCGCCAUGUCUGUACCCACGACCCACAGACAUGUUCCUUUCAGGAAGGAAGAGUCAAGAUGCCAGAGGAAUGUCCUCAGCUUCUUCAUACUGAAAGGAUCUUGAUUCCAGUUGAUAUUGUUAAGCCCAUCACCUUAAAAGCAAAGAAUCUACCACAGCCCCAGUCGGGUCAGAAAGGCUAUGAAUGUAUUCUGAACAUCCAAGGAGAUGAGCAGAGGGUCCCUGCACUAAGGUUCAACAGUUCGAGUGUUCAGUGCCAAAAUACCUCUUAUGACUAUGAAGGCAUGGAGAUUGACAGUCUCCCAGUGGAGCUGACCGUGGUAUGGAAUGGGGAUUUCAGCAUUGACAAUCCAGCUCUGAACAAAGUGCAUCUGUACAAAUGUGGUGCUACCAGACCCAGCUGUGGCCUGUGCUUAAAGGCUGAUCCGGAUUUUGAAUGUGGAUGGUGUGCAGGAGAAUCUAAGUGCACCCUCAAACAACACUGUUCAACCUUAGAAAAACCUUGGCUUGAGCUAUCGGGGACACAUGCAAAAUGUGAAAAUCCUAGGAUAACACAGAUUAUUCCCGUAACUGGUCCACGUGAGGGAGGCACAAAAGUGACAAUCCGAGGAGAAAACUUGGGCCUGGAGUUUUGGGAAAUUCAGAAUAACGUGAAAGUUGCAGAAGUCAAGUGUAUACCUCUGUUUGAAGAAUAUAUUCCUGCAGAGCAAAUUGUGUGUGAAAUGGGUAGCGCCCAGCAGAGCCAGCAUGCUGGAUUUGUCGAUGUCUGUGUGGGAGAGUGCAGAGACGGCUUUAUGGUGAAAUCUUCCUUGCUGUACUACUUUGUGAACUUGGCAUUGUCCAAACUGCAGCCCAUGCAAGGACCAGUCUCAGGAGGGACACAGGUGACAAUCACUGGAACAAACUUGAAUGCAGGGAGCAGCGUCAAAGUGAUGUUUGGAGAACAGCCAUGUAUUUUUGACAGGAGAACCCAGACUGAGAUCUUCUGUAACACCACAGCUUCUCUUAAAGGUCUGCAGAAGGUAGAAGUGACUGUUCAGAUAGACCGAGCCAAGAUCAAUCAAGAACUGCAGUUCGAGUAUGUGGAAGAUCCCAGAAUUGUGAAAAUCGAACCAGAGUGGAGUAUUUUCAGUGGGAACACUCCUAUAUCAGUAUGGGGCACUAAUCUGGACAUUAUAAGAAACCCCCAAAUAAGAGCCAAGUUUAAUGGAAAAGAACACAUCAAUAACUGUACAGUGCUGAACUCUACAGAGAUGACCUGUCAAGCUCCCGCUGUGGCAGUAAAUUCUAACAACCAACCCGAUAUCACAGAGCGACCAGAGGAGUUUGGCUUCAUCAUGGACAAUGUGCAAGCAUUAUUAGUCCUCAAUAAAACCAAUUUCACGUAUUAUCCAGAUCCAGUGUUUGAAUCCUUCAACCCUUCUGGGAUUAUGGAACUAAAGCCAGGAAGCCCCAUUAUAUUAAAGGGAAAGAAUUUAAUUCCACCAGUUGCUGGAGGCAAUAUGAAACUGAAGUAUUUCAUGUUCAUUGGGGAGAAACCAUGCACGGUUACAGUGUCUGAUGUCCAACUUCUGUGCGAGUCCCCAAAUCUCACCGGUCGUCACAAAGUAAUGGCUCGAGUUGGUGGGAUGGAAUUUUCUCCUGGCAUGGUUUACAUAACACCUGAUAGCCCUCUCAGUGUACCAGCCAUUGUCAGUAUUGCAGCAGCUGGUGGACUACUAAUAAUCUUCAUUGUGGCAGUGCUCAUAGCCUACAAACGAAAAUCUAGAGAAAGUGACUUGACUCUUAAAAGAUUGCAAAUGCAGAUGGAUAACCUGGAAUCAAGAGUGGCACUUGAGUGCAAAGAAGCAUUUGCUGAAUUACAGACAGAUAUCCAUGAACUGACAAGUGACCUGGAUGGAGCUGGCAUUCCUUUCUUGGAUUAUCGUACCUAUACUAUGAGAGUGUUGUUCCCUGGCAUUGAGGAUCAUCCUGUAUUGAGAGACCUAGAGGUCCCUGGUUACAGACAGGAGCGUGUAGAGAAAGGUUUGAAGCUAUUUGCCCAGAUGAUCAACAACAAAGUAUUCUUACUGUCAUUCAUUCGGACCCUUGAGUCUCAGCGCAGCUUUUCCAUGCGUGAUAGAGGCAAUGUGGCUUCCCUCAUUAUGACAGUGUUGCAGAGCAAAUUAGAAUAUGCCACGGAUGUGCUGAAACAACUGCUCUCUGAUCUUAUAGAUAAAAACUUGGAAAGCAAGAAUCAUCCUAAAUUAUUGCUGAGAAGAACAGAGUCAGUUGCAGAGAAGAUGUUGACUAACUGGUUUACAUUCCUAUUAUACAAGUUCCUUAAGGAAUGUGCAGGGGAGCCCCUGUUUUCUCUCUUCUGUGCCAUAAAGCAACAAAUGGAAAAAGGUCCCAUUGAUUCUAUCACAGGAGAAGCACGCUAUUCAUUGAGCGAAGACAAGCUUAUCAGACAACAGAUUGACUACAAGACACUGGUCCUCAAUUGUGUUAAUCCUGAUAAUGUGAACAGUCCUAUGAUUCCAGUGAAAAUCCUCAACUGUGACACAAUUACUCAAGUAAAGGAGAAGAUUCUGGACACCAUUUUUAAGAACCUUCCCUGCUCGCAUCGACCUAAAGCAGCAGAUAUGGACUUAGAAUGGAGGCAAGCAAGUGGAGCUCGAAUGAUUUUGCAAGAUGAAGACAUUACCACCAAAAUAGAGAAUGACUGGAAGAGACUGAAUGUUAUCGCACACUAUCAGGUACCAGACGGUGCAGUGGUAGCAUUGGUAUCUAAACAAGUCACGGCUUACAAUGCAGUCAAUAAUUCUACUGUGUCAAGGACAUCUGCCAGUAGAUAUGAGAAUAUGAUCAAGUAUACUGGAAGCCCUGACAGCCUGCGUUCCCGUACUCCCAUGAUAACACCAGAUUUAGAGAGCGGGGUUAAAGUUUGGCAUUUAGUCAAAAACCAUGAACAUGGAGACCAAAAAGAAGGGGACAGAGGAAGUAAAAUGGUAUCUGAAAUAUACCUGACAAGAUUGUUGGCUACCAAGGGCACUUUACAGAAAUUUGUGGAUGACUUGUUUGAAACCAUAUUUAGCACAGCACAUAGAGGCAGUGCUCUACCUCUUGCCAUCAAAUAUAUGUUCGAUUUCCUGGAUGAGCAAGCAGACAAGCAUAAUAUUCAUGAUCCCCAUGUGCGACACACCUGGAAGAGCAAUUGCUUACCAUUGAGGUUCUGGGUCAAUGUCAUCAAAAACCCCCAGUUUGUCUUUGACAUCCACAAGAAUAGCAUUACAGAUGCUUGUCUUUCCGUGGUGGCACAGACAUUUAUGGACUCAUGCUCAACUUCAGAGCACCGCUUAGGGAAAGACUCACCUUCAAACAAACUCCUUUAUGCCAAGGACAUCCCAAGUUAUAAAAACUGGGUAGAAAGGUACUAUUCUGACAUUGCCAAAAUGCCAGCUAUCAGUGACCAAGAUAUGAAUGCUUACUUGGCAGAGCAAUCGCGUAUGCACAUGAAUGAGUUCAACACCAUGAGUGCACUCUCAGAGAUCUACUCAUAUGUUGGAAAGUAUAGUGAAGAGAUUUUAACAGCUUUAGAUCAAGAUGACCAAGCUGGAAAGCAAAAACUUGCCUACAAAUUAGAACAAGUCAUUGCCCUGAUGAGUAUAGACAGCUGAAAACUGUUCUUCCAGGUUACCCUGGAAGGGAUAAACCAAGCCGUGCCUCAGUCAAGAUUGUCAUCUUUACCAAGUGCAAGUUCGGAUUGGCUGGACGCAGGGUCUUCUGCUUCCUCUUCUUCCUUCUAUGAACCUCAUGGAUAAUACAAAAUGUCCAGUGGAUUAAAGGAGGUCAUACAGUGUGGAAAACAUUGGGAUACAAAAACAUACUAGUUAAGACCUCUGCUUACAGAUAAACUAUUACGCUAUCCAGUAUGGACAGCUAGAGGGUCUAACAUGCUGUGCUGCUGCUUGUGUCUUCUUUCCCUGCCAUCAUUUGGUAUGGAUGGAAUGUGAACUUAGUAUUAAUUCAUUUUAAACCAUAAAAAAUGGAAUCCUUCUUUGGCAGAAAAAAGGCAUUAUUGAUAUCCCAGCUACAUGACUCACAUGAUGUCUUCAAGUUAACCUUCAACGUGGAGCAUUAAACAAGUACAUGCAAAAGUCCUUUAAUCUAUCAGAGGCCAUUAGAAGAAAGAAGUUAUUCAACUUUCCUUGUCAUUUUCUCCAUUCAAACAACCCAAAUAAGUUUUUGUCCUGCAAACUCUUUAAUACUUCUGCUUUAUUUCAAUGUUCCCAAGAAACUAAAAUUGUUUGAUAAAAUCAAGCAUAAAGCAACAAAAAGAUCACGCAGAUGGCUUUCAAUAUGCAUUCUAAUGACUUAUCAGCUAGGUAUAAGAAAACAUCAUACUUCAGAUCCCGGUUUCAUCUGAACAUUACAUUUACGUAUAUCUUGAAUCUUCAUUAGAAAAGACAAACAACAAUAGUUUUCUUACUGUUAAAGGUGCACCAUCUUAUGUUCCAGGUAUUAAAAUUGGUUGGUUUAAGUGAAAUCCUCACAUUCCAAAUGGUACAAUCAAAGCUUCCAGGUCAAUUGCCUGUAUUGUAGAAUGAUAAUAAAAGGUUAUAUACUAAGAAGGCUUAUUCUAAAAAUACAGGAUGAAAUUGAAUGUAUGUAUGUUUGAGCUCUUGGAUCUAUUGUUUUACAUACAGGCAAUGUGAAGCUUAUAAAAGAUCUAGGUAAUUAGCACAAUUCACUUUAGACCCAAGAUGUAAUGUACUAUAGGAGAAAACUAGAAUCCAUUUAGGCUUGGGAAAGCCAUUUUCAUUCAUUCAAUCUUGGGAGGAUUAGACAUGUUCUUGAAGGUUUGAAAAAUAAAAGCUUGUUUUGAAACUGCCAUUUGGAAAAAAGGAGCACAAACAUACUAUAGUCAUGCAAAAAAAUAAAAAUAGAAAAUCAGCACAAUUUUUAUUUGGAAUGAAAAAAGAGAAUGUCACCAAUUGAAAAGGUUAGCAUUGCCUGUGAAUGCAACCAGCAUAAGUGACAAGUAGCUACUCAUUUUAAGGCUAUUGCUUUGAAAUUCCAGGUUAUUCCAACUUUUUUCCAAGGUUACUCUAACUUGUUUUGUAAUUUUGCAGGAUUUACAGUUCAGUAUUUUACAAAGUGAAACUGUACUUUUUCGUUGUUGGACAGUAGUAAUGCAUACAAAUCUUCCUAUUCUGUAAGCAUAUUUUUUUUUAUACUAAUAAAAUAUAUACAGCUUAUUUACAGGCAUACACUAGAAUGAAUUUAAUUUGGAACAAGCUGGAAAAUGAUACAAAACAAUUGGUUUAUGUCUAUUUUUGUUGAGAGCACUUAAUCCCUUAUGCACCUUAUUUGAACUCUUCAUAGCAUUUGCUUUGAAUUGAUGGUUACUGAACUAUAAAUGCUAUUUAACUGGACUUAAAGGUUUGGCUGGCUACUGCAUUUACCAAGGGGAAGAAGAAGCAUCACACUCAAAGAAUUGUAGACAAAACCAAAGGUUAUGGUGACACAACAUUGUCACAUCUCAAAGGCUUUCUUCUCAUCCUAGUGAGGAUAAUGAUGGAAAGGACAAACCAGUAUGCAUUUGUGUCUGCUCCAGUCCCGAUAUCUCGCAUGAAAUGUAGGAAGAUGAUACGUAAACAAUUGGAUUUGCACAGCUGUACAGAAAGAAUACAAAUAGACCACUAUGCUAUCUAAUUCAUUCAAUCUUUAUUUCUAUGGUACAUAUUUUUUCCAUUUUUUUUUUUCAAAAAAAGGCAACCUCAGACAAUUCAAAUAUAUAUAAAAACAGAACAAAAAGAAGAUAAGUACAUAUAGAAAAAUGUAACUUUUCGUGUUGAUCAUUGUGAGCUUCAAAGCUGCCUGUCUUUAUUUUCUUUACCUCUUCCUGUUUUCUUAUUCUAAACUUCUUGCCUUGAGAAUUGCCAGAUUUGUGCUGUGAAUGUGUAGGGUCUUGGCCCUGGAGUUCCAGAGGAACAUACCUUAGCUUUCAGGGGCUUUUUUUCCUUUUUAGUUUUAAAUUUUUUUUUCCCUUAAAACUGAAAAUAGCGCAUGUCAAUACAGUUAAUUCUGAAAGAAAACUAAAGCCUUGCUGAUGAUGUGGAUGUGGUUUCCAUUUUCUUCCCUUUUAAGUUCCUUCCUUUUUUUUAUUCGUCUGCCUGAGAGCAUUGAUCUGAGUGGUUUGUCAUGUGACUAUAUUCAAUGUUAAGGUGGAAACUUUAUCAAAGUCUUUAAAAUAGAAAAGGUUUAUAAAAUGACUAUGUAGUGUCGGUGAACCAGUUUAAUGCUAGUUUCCAUAAACCUGCUGCUUCAAAUUCAGCCUUAAUACAGAUAAAGUUAUAAGGCUUAUGAAGAAAUACAAGGGUUGAGGUCCUAAUCCAGACUACUUAAAAAAUACAUUAGCUCCACUGGCAUUGUUAAAAAAAAAAAAAUCAAGACAAUUCCACUCUUUCCCGCGUAGGGGACCAUUGAAGCCUUUUGUACAAAAAUAGAGACUGAGUGGACCUCAAAGCAGGGAAAAUGAAAAAGUAUUCGCUAUUGUAUUUCCUGGUCAUAAAACUAACGUUUUAAUUCAAGAGCUUCAAAGUCCUUUUCAAUUAAAAAGAAAAGUUGGUUUUCACUAAGGAUUCAGACAAGGAGAUUUACCAUUCACUAAAGGUAAAAUAAAAAUAUAUCUAAUAUUUUUAAAAUAAAAUACCUCCUUUGAUCAAAAUUGUAUUUAGCUUCAGCAAGUUUAAAAUCUGGUAUCCGUGUCAUAUAUCAUAAUGCCUCAAAAUGUUCAAUAGGUUUAUUCUGUGCAUGUAGAAACAAUAAUCUAUCUAAAAACUGUCCAAAAGCUGCAGUGGAUAGAAUAAUUCUGCCAAAAACUAUAUCCGUUUCAUCAAUUUAUAGUGAUGCCAGCAGUGAAUAAGGUGUAAAGAAAAAGUAUUCCAGCAGCACGAAUAUUGUAUUAGUAUUUCUUUAUAGAGGUAUCAGGAUGCAUGUCAACAGUCCAAAACUGGCAGCCAUAUACAUACAAAUAGAAGAUCCAACAGGAUCGAGCAAAGUAAAGUUUCACAUCUUUAUUAGUAACCCAACACAGGGCAUGCACAACGUCUUGACUGCAGUAAAUCUUUGUCAAGCAUGUGCUUGUAAAAGACCCACUGCGGUAAAGAUGUUGCACAUGCUCUGUAUUGGCAUGCUAAUAAAGAUGUGAAACUUUACUAAAUUGGAUGCUGUUAAAUGUACCAUUGAGUGAAUAAGGUGUAAGUCUGAUUGAAUCAUUAUAAUUUAAAAGGGUCUUCCAGGGUUUUAUAUUUACUAAUAUCCUUAGUUUAAGUAAUCAAUGCAAGAAGAUCCCAGAAUCCACACAAUAAAUAAAUGAAAGAGUUAACAGUAUGCCAUGGCUUCUCUGUUGCAGAACUGACACAGUGUCAAACACAUUCGUGUCCCUGUAUCUAAUACCAAAGUUGAAAUACAUUUACAAGUGUGAAUGGGCUAUUAUACUAUAUGUAGCUAGAUAACAAUUGCCUAUCCUGAGAAUAUGUCCUCAAGUUAAAAUCCAAGAAAACCCUUUAAAAUGGGUUCUCCCAUAAUGAUGGCAUUCACCAAUCCACAGAAUAAGUAAUAAGUAUCCGACUGGAGGGUGUCUGACUGCUGGUACCCUCAAUGAUCACAAGAACAGGGAGCCUGAGUGCCCCUGUUUAAAUAGGCCAGUGGUCAGGUAUGCACACUGCCAAUCAAUUCAGAUUAUAUGGGACUGAAAUAACUAGGCACUCUGCUCAGCUUUUUAGUGCAGUCCAAUAGACAUUGAAUAGAAUGCAUUCUCAAUGACUGCUCCAUUUAAAAAGAGACACUUGGGACCUUUGUUCUCAUGAUUGGUUAGCAUUUGAUCCCCACUGAUCAUCAGAAUAAAGAGUCUGUAUCAAGAACUUCUAAACUAUCCUGUGGUAAGGUGUUAAAUUGUCUUCUUUGGGAAACCCCUUUAAUAUUACUGGCUGCUUUGAUCACUAAUAGAAGGGGUAUUCCAGGAUUUUUUUUAUUUGACUAUGCUACGGGGGCUGUAAAGUUAGUGUAGUUCAUAAUAUUAUGUCUGUACCUGUGUGUGACAUUUUUCUCACAAUUCUUAUGUGAUUUUCACCCCAAUAUUUAUUUUUAACAGCAUACAAAAUGACUGUUGUCUCAGAUUUUUCCCAGGUUGCAAUGUGGCCGAGACCUGAUUCACUAGUCAGCUGAUGACAGGGAACUUGUCUGCUUCAAAGGUUGGAGUGAUCGUUUGGUGGGAGGGAGAUCAAUUUGCAACUAAUGCAACAGCUGUAGGCCCCCUGAUUGAAAUCCCACAGGUCUUUUGAAUGGAUGCAGCUCAUUAAUAUUUCAAUGGGUGGGGUGGCUGAUGCGUGGGAGAGAGGAAAAUGGAAUUAUGGAAUUUGUAGGCAAAAAAGAAAACUCAAACAGGAAAUACGAGUUCACAAAAAGCUAGGCACAGUAUUAUGGUAAUCUCACAACAUAGCUAUUUAGCCCCCUUUAGAUCCUAAGCAUGUCCAUUAUUGUCCGCCAGGUACAUACUAAAAUCUCCUUUUGGUGGAUAACCCCUUUAAUGCAAGUAGUAAGUAUUUAUAAAUACUGACAACAGAAAUAGACCAUUGCCCCUCUCAUUUUGUCCUUCUUUUAUACGAUACAUAAGCCACAAUACAAAAUGAAGCUACAAGUAGGCCGUUCAAUAACAGUAGCAAUUUUUUUCUAAAUCAUGCACAGUUAAAUCAAAUGUAUAGAGGCAAUGAAAAUGUAUUAUAAAGAUGCUAGGUUUUACAUCUGAAGACUACAGUAUAUGGUCAAUGUAAAAGCAAAGUGGGAAAAUGCUAAAGCAUUAGUAACUUUUACUAAUCUUAAAAUGAACAAAAUAGAUCUUUACUGAAUAGACCCCUUGUGUAUGUAUGUGUAUACUCAAAGUUAACAUUUUUUGGCUAUAUACCAUCGUUCAGUGUCACAGUUGCUUAAAUAAUAUUAUAAUUAAUUAGUUAAAAUAGAUAAAAGUAUAAUAUUUCUAAUUGAACAUAGACUGUACAUAUGUAUUCAAAUAAAAUAUUGGAAUAAAUAAAUUAUGAUGUAUAAAUAGAAGCUAUUCUCAAAUGUUUGAUGCAGAGCAUUGGACAUCACUUUGGGAAUACAGACUACUACAUUUUGUGUGAUCAUACUAUUAACUUGUUUAACCUCUUAAGGAGGCAGGGCGUACCUGUACGUCCUGCGACCAGUGUAUAACGCGGCGUCACGCCAUGACUCCGCGUCAUAGUGGGCCAGUCCCGGCGGCUAAGGAAAGCCGGGACCCUGCCGCGCACUAUUAACCCUUUAGAUGUGGCGAUCAAAGUUGAUCUCUGCGUCUAAAGUUGAAAAAAUUGCAUCCCGGCAGCUCAGUCGGGCUGAUCAGGAACAUUGCGGUGAAACCUUAUCAGCCUUUGGCACGUCCGAUCAGCAAUUGACUUUUCCAUGCCUGAGAUCCAAGCAGAGGAAGUCAAGCCCCCAUAACACUGUUAAUCCGCUUGUAGUUCUAUGCCGUUGAUCAGUGUUAGAAAUCAAUGUAAUGCAUGUUAUAGCCCCCAGCAGGGGCUAUAACAUAGCAAAAAAAAGUGGGGGGAAAAGUGACUAAUGAAGAAUUAACCCCUUCUCUAAUAAAUGUAAGAAUCACCCCCCUUUUCCCAUUUUCAAAAAAAACUAACUGUGUAAAUAAAAAUAAACUUAUGUGGUAUCGCCACGUGCAUAAAUAUCCAACCUAUAAAAAUAUAUUGUUUUUUAAACCUCAGGUCAAUGGUGUACAUGCCAAAAAAAUUCCAAAGUCCAAAAUAGCGCAUUUUUGGUCACUUUUUAUAGCACAAAAAUGAUACCAAUAAAAACUUCAGAUCGUGGCGCAAAAAAAUUAGCCCUAAUACCGGCCCAUACGCGGAAAAAUAAAAAGGUAUAGCGGUCAGAAGAUAACAAUUUUGGACAUAUUCAUUUUCAUGCAUGUAUUUAUGAUUUUUGUCUAGAGGUAAGACAAAAUCAAGUCUAUAAAAGUAGGGUAUCAUUUUAAACACUUAAACACAUGGACCUACAGAAUAAAGAAAAGGUGUCAUUUUUACCCAAAAAAAAGCACUGCCUAGGAACGGAACCUCCCAAAAGUUACAAAAUUGAAUUUUCUCUUCAGUAGAAUUGAUGGUGCAAAAAAAAAAAAAGGCAUAAUAAGAAAAUUUAGGUGCAACAUUGAAAGAGUUAUGAUUUUUAAAAGUAAGGAGGAAAAAAAAUGAAAGUACAAAAACGGAAAAACCCUGCAUCCUUAAGGGGUUAUUGGAUCUAAUGGAUGUCUAGAGUUACAAAGAAAAAUUAAGUUUUUUUGUUUGUUUUUUUGUCCAGAAGUGGUGGUUCUCCUAUUCAUGGGUUGUGUCUGUUACUGCAGCUCAUCCUUAUUAAGUCACAAUACUUCAAUACCACAAAAAUGUGUUUGUCUUUUGUGCUCAGUUUGAGAUCAGUCUUCUAAGUGUCUUCCAGGUUCAUAGGUGGCUAAACAAAGAAAAAAAAUCCCAAAGUUAAUAUUAACGACAAAAAAAUAUUUUAAAUGCUUCUAUUAAAUUUCGUAGUCUUCCUAUCAUAUUAUAUUAAAUCUAAAUAUUAUUGAAUUGGCAGUGUAAGAUGCCUUCAUUUCCAGUACUCAGUAGAAAGUAAUGUAUUGUACAGAAAUUCUGAAAAACUGAACUUGCAAAUUAUCUAUGCAAGAAAAAAUCUCUUUCUGACCAGGAAUUCUAAAGAAUACUUUUCAUGGCAACAAAUCCUUUGGCAACAAUAAGUUUUUGAUAAAGUUUCCACCUAUAUAAUCAUAUCUUUAGAGCCCAGUGUUACUGAGAGCCUCAAAGAGAUAAAAAUGCAUAAUAGAAAGGAGGUUUUUAUUAUCCUAGAUAUAAUAUUUAAAUUGGAAAAAAGAGUUGUAACUUGGUAAAGGCAAGCUUCUGUAACUUUGUUAUAAUUAAUUGUAUACCUGUGUAUGUAAAUAUAAUGCAUUCCUAUUUUGCAGUCCAAAACAAACGGGAAAAAAAACUAUUUGUAAUAUAGAAUAAAGUUUAUUUAAAAAAAUA